AUGCCAAUGUCGUCAGCAGAAUCAAACCCCACGCGCCCCACACCCGCACGCAAGCCGUCCGUGGACCCCGAAACUGUGGAAAAGCUCGAGCGACGUCUCAGUCUGCGGCCAGACAAGCAAGACCUGGUCGAGCGUAACAUCCUGAAAGAGAGCAACGUUGCCCCAUCUCUCCAAGCUGCCAAAGACAGAUUGGAACGUUCACAGCUCGAGGACAAGCUGGAACAUGCACUACAACAGAGACCCAAGGCCGAAGAACUCGUGAAAGAUGGGAUCCUCCAAAGUACGCAGACAUUAUUCGGUAUGAUCAUCGCGACCAAUAAUUCAGCACAGGUGACGAAGUCCCGCCCGCCUGAAUCCCAUUACGCAGCUCAGGGACUGCCUACUGUCUUAUCGUAUGCUGUAUAA